GGCAAGUAGCUGGCGGUCCUGGUUAUUUCUGUUCUGUGUGCUCUGAGGCAGGGUCCAGGCCGCCCGUCGCCGCCGGAGCAGCCCCUCGGGCCGCAGUAAGCGUUGAUAAUGUCUUUCAUCUUUGAGUGGAUCUACAACGGCUUCAGCAGUGUGCUCCAGUUCCUAGGACUCUACAAGAAAUCUGGAAAACUUGUGUUCUUGGGUUUGGACAAUGCUGGCAAAACCACGCUUCUACACAUGCUUAAAGAUGAUAGAUUGGGCCAGCAUGUGCCCACCCUCCAUCCGACAUCAGAAGAGCUGACAAUUGCUGGAAUGACUUUUACAACGUUUGAUCUUGGUGGGCAUGAGCAAGCACGUCGGGUUUGGAAAAAUUAUCUUCCUGCAAUUAAUGGAAUUGUAUUUCUGGUGGACUGUGCAGAUCAUUCUCGUCUCAUGGAAUCCAAAGUUGAGCUUAAUGCUUUAAUGACUGAUGAAACAAUAUCCAAUGUGCCAAUCCUUAUCUUGGGUAACAAAAUUGACAGAGCAGAUGCAAUCAGUGAAGAAAAACUCCGUGAGAUAUUUGGGCUUUAUGGACAGACCACAGGAAAGGGGAACGUGACUCUCAAGGAGCUGAACGCCCGCCCCAUGGAAGUAUUCAUGUGCAGUGUGCUCAAGAGGCAAGGCUAUGGCGAAGGCUUCCGCUGGCUCUCCCAGUACAUUGACUGAUGUUUGGACAGUGAAAAUAAACAAGUUUUACUUCUCUGGACUGAUCCUAUUCACAGCUUCCUCAUGAACUUUUCUAAUAGGACAAGAAAAGCUCUUCCACCAUGUUUGGCGUUGAGAAGCCACGAAUCUCUUGUCAGCUCUCUCAUCGCCCAGUGGUGACAUGUGCUCUUCUCCACACUGGUGGGAGGUGAUGCUGCCCCACAUGCUGGUGCAGGCCAGCCACCCGGGACUUGGAAGCUGGCAGGGUUUGCCGGGUAACGCUGUGUGCCCCUCCUGUGGCGCCUGAAAGGAAAAACACGUCUCACCACUGUGGUUGAUAUAAACAGAAAGCGAUUCUAUUUUUUAAGGAAAGUGCUGUUACUUUAAUUGGUGUCCCUCCUAACUUUUUGAGUUCACAGUUCACUUGGUCCAGAGUUGCUGUUUUUUUUAAUCCAGUGAAUGGCUUCUAGGUGUUCAUAAAAUAAUGAAAGAGGCUGGAGCUUAGUCAGGUGAACUCACUCCUGUUGAACUGGGGGUUGUGAGCGAAGCCCCCUGAGCUUUGGCGGGUGGCAUCUCUGUUUGCAGGUAACUAGACAAGUGGCAGCAGCCUAGCCUAGCUUGCAGCAGGCUUUCACCGGCGAGCACAGGCCGUUCCUCUCACAGAAUGUGUAGCUGAUGGUUUGCUGAGGAGUUAAUUAUAAGAGCGGGUUAUCAUUGUUAUUUUUACUUAGAAAGUUCUACAUUUCAGCCAGUGUUUGCUUUUAUACUGUCAUGAAAUUCCAUUCAUGCCUAUAGUACCUUUUCCCAUUUUCAGUUGUAAAGUGACUUGCCUCAAGAGUUGGCAUCAAUUCUAGGUUCCCCACGCUAUGGAUGGCAGUUACAUUUGCACAGGUUCAGGGGUGUGGUGUAUGGGGUUUUCUGAGUUGGACAGUUACACAGAGCAAAGGUCACGGCCUGAGGGUCCUUACUUCUGCUAAGGACCUACAAUACGAUAACGUAGCACAUUUCAACCUUGGAAAGAGGUACUCAGGCUUUAAAGCUCCUCCUCCAGAAUUUGGUCUCCUGAUUGUGUUGCUGAGACCUCCCUCCCCCCAAGCGCUGUUCUCAUCUCUGAGCGCACUUCUCUAGCAGUGUCCUGGUUGUGUGUUUUCAGCAGUGGUUAGCAGCUGUAGCUCUCCCAAUUUUAUUUUAUUAUCAUUUUUUUACACUUGAAAUUUGCCCUUUGUCCAAUUCAGAAGUAAACCGGGAGAAACAACCUGGUGUAGGGCUGUGCCUCUUGGGUCAGCAUCAUGUUCCGUCAGGAGACGCCUAGUGGAAGAGAUGCAGGCCUAGAAUUGUGCUUUCACAAUCUUCACCUAUAUUCCCCCCUUGGGGUAAAAGAUGAAGUGGUAGGAGAUGGGAGGCUGGCUUCCUUUUUCCUUUAAUGAAAGAUUAUAAUUUCAAAAUUGCUAAUGGUGGUGAUAACGCUUACUUGCGGAGGAUGGAACAGUGGAUUCUUGGCUUCUGACGUGAAGGCAGACGAGUGUGGGCUCACAUAUUCCUGUGGACGGGACUCCUCCUGAACUGGAUUUCCCCUUCUUCGUCUUCAGUUGGACUUAGUGGGAAAGCAUACUUUUUCACUGCCCAGUACCCAAUGCAGACACCUGAUGGUGCAGUCUGAUGAGAGCAUGCAUUUCGCCGGACUGCAGGCUAGAUGGUUGCUCUGGAAAGGAGUUAAAGCCUUACGUGAACAAAUCUAGCUAACUGACCGAACUAGGUAGCUGACCUCUAUCCUUUGUUUCCUUUGGCUAAGAGUCCAUACUUCUCUCUGCAGAGACACGUGAAGUAUGGUUGCUUCAGUGUUCAUUUUCUUGCUUGUUUUGGGCCGUCUUUGUCCCUAAUAAGAAUGGGUUCUAGAUAGGGCAGCUCUUUGUGAAAGUGGUUCAUUCCAGCCACUGGAGAAAGAGGAAUUGAAAAGUCAAGCUGCGCCUGUCUAUUUCUUGCCCCACUGAACACCAUUCCUAUAAGAAGGUAGCUGAAAGAAACAGCCGUGAGGAGCGCUGCUGCUCCGUCCAUAGAGUAGGAUCAGAGCUUUGUACAGGAACACCUUUGAAUUGAGAGUUUCUUUUCAUUCUGUUUUCACAGAGUGCAUACAUGUCCUAUUUCAGGAACAGUCCAGUAGUCAUUUGCAAACAAAAGUCAGUCUGUAUCCUAAACAUUUUAAUAAAAAGUUAAAACAAA